CUCUCCUCGAACGUUCUUAUCUACUUAACUCCAAAAGAUACGUUAAAUAACCAAAGAGCCGCCUCUAGAUUUUUAUUUAUUUAUUUAAAUAGUUCAAAAAAGAGAUUUAGUUUUAUUAACUCGCAAAUUGGCUAGAUAACCAUGAAGAAAAACAAUAUAUUCUUAAUUACUUGCAAGAUACUAUGUAUACAAGUGGGUCAUGGUCAGACUUGGAGUCCAAGCACAUGGGGUUAUAAUAAGAAAAAGACGACGCACCCUGUGGAAGGAAACACUCAUACACGCAGAGGGAGAGAGAGAUGGAAAUGAUGGAGGAUGUGGUGAUAGUCGGAGCAGGAAUUGCAGGGUUGGCAACAGCAGUGGCUUUGAAAAGAGUAGGGGUUCGAGCCCUGGUGUUAGAGAGAUCAGAAGGGCUAAGAGCCACAGGAGCAGCCUUGACUCUAUUUCCAAAUGCUUGGCUUGCUCUUGAUGCUCUUGGUGUUUCUCACAAGCUCACCCCCAUUUAUGCUCUUACAUCGAUGGGAUAUGUAACCAAUGUUAGUGCUGGAGAUGUUCAACAAGUCCACGCCCGAGUGGCCAAUAAUGGGGGCGAUGGACAAGGAAUUAGGACACUUCACCGCAAAGCACUGUUAGAGGCACUGGCAGAGGAAUUGCCGGUUGACUCAAUUCAAUUCUCUUCCAAGCUAGCUGUCAUUGAAAAUGAAGAGUAAGGCGGUGCUUCCAUUGUUGUUAUACAUUUGGAAGAUGGAACUACAAUCAAAUCUAAGGUUCUGAUAGGCUGUGAUGGGGUGAACUCGGUGGUGGCACGUUGGCUAGGACUAGCAGAACCGGUCCAUUCAGGGCGGU